UAGUCCCGCAGAUUUGUGCUGCAUUUAUCUGGUUUUUCGACUGAUUCUUGGCGGUGAUGUGCUACAAGACGUUCAAGUUGCAUCUGUUUGUCACUCAGUGUCUAUUCGAGAGACCUGCUGCACGAGAUUCGGAUGAAAAAUGAAACAUUUGCGCCCUGGGACUGGAUGCUCUUACCAGCACACCCCACUUCCACCAUGACACCCAGCAGAGGAUUCUGGGAUUGACACAAGCAUCACUCCCACUGAUGGCCUGGACCAGGUUUCAGCUGGCCUGCUGAAGCUAUGGGGAGCUGCUGGAGCUGUCUAUACAGAGACGCUAUCCAAGACAACCAUCUCAACAAAUUUAAGGUGACUAAUGUGGACGAUGAGGGGAAUGAGUUGGGCUCAGGAACCAUGGAGCUCACACAGACAGAGCUCAUUCUGCACACACGCAAACGUGAUGCCAUCCGGUGGCCAUACCUUUGCCUGCGUCGAUACGGUUACGAUUCCAACCUCUUCUCUUUCGAGAGUGGCCGUCGAUGUCAGACAGGACAAGGGAUCUUUGCAUUCAAGUGUUCUCGUGCAGAAGAGAUUUUCAACCUGCUGCAGGAGUUGAUGCAAUGUAACAGCAUCAAUGUGGUGGAGGAGCCCAUGAUCAUGACCCGGCCCGGGCAUGCACCAGAGAUGGACAUUCCUCGAACUCCACAGACACCCAAUACCCCUGCAUUCCCAAUGCAGGGUUUUCCUAAUGGAUUCCCAGGAUACCCAAUCAGUGCAGACUCAUCGCAGCCCUCUCUCACCAACGACCACAGACACAGCCUCAUGGGACUGGAUGACCAUACCCAUACAUAUGUGAAUACAGUGAGCAUGGAAACUGACCUCUCAAGCCACCACUGUGUCCACUCCCUGCCCGAAGUACGGCCCACCACCUUCCCGGAAACUUCAACUACCACCACCAUACGUGGGGGCCCAGUCCCAGGCCAGCCCAGCAUGCACUGUUGCUCCCUGGACGACCCUCACAAAGACCCUCAGGUCUUCCUCCAGCCUGGAGCCCAGGAGGUGAAGUUCAUGUUAGGCCCGACCCCAGCACAGCGCCACCUAAUGGAAAGAGACAGAGACCGCCACAUCACUCACCCGAUUCGAGCACCAGACGGCAGCUCUGAAACAGAAGGAGAGGAGACUCCGUCCGUACACAUGUGCAACACGCACUCUUACCACCAUUGUCAUCAUCUAAUCCACCGACACCCUAGCAUGGAGCCUUGCCCGGAAAGCCAGCUGACAUAUGAGAAUAUCAACGGACUCCGUGGGGCACGUAGGCAAAGGCUGAGUCCGAGCACUGUGUCUCAAUCUCAGUCUUUGGGCUCCAGUAGCAGUAGCAGCACCACCGGUGAUUCGCGCACACACACGCAUCCGCACUCCCUCCCGCUCACGCACACACACGCCUCCCCGCUGCCUCCACAGGGAUAUGGGUGUGACCGGGGAAUGGGGGUUGGUGGUCAUCGGCGCACCGCGUUGCUCAACUAUGAGAACCUUCCGUCACUCCCCCCGGUUUGGGAAUAUCGUGCGCUUCAGCGUGAGGAAGAAGAGGAUCAGGAUGAAGACGAGGAUGAGGACGAGUAUGAGGAGGAAGAGGAAGAAGAAUAUGAUGAGUAUGAGUAUUCCGAAGGGCCCACAACCCCAAAUGGAUACCAUCAAGAGAGUGGUGGCAGCGGUGGGAUUCAUCGUGAUGCCCUGCAGAACUAUGUCAACACUGAACAGCUACAGCCUCCAACACAUCUUCGUCACGCUUGCCCUCCCCACCCUCACCCGCCUGAGAGGGCCAACCGGGUUUUCAACUUCGACUUCAGACGUCAGCGAGUGGGACGUGGCAGCGCCACCUGCGAGCAGCACAGCCGUCACCCGCCUCCUCCUCCUCCCUCUCGCCAGCUCAACUACAUCCAGGUGGACCUGGAGGGUGAGCCCUCCGGUUGCUCGGGACAUGGAGGAGGGGCUCCGGUACCACAGAGACCUCCUCCCCUCAAACGUGGCAUGGCUGCCGCCACAGCGGCUCCGUCCUCCCGCCGAGGAGAAUGCUACGCCGUGAUUGACCUAAAGAAGACAGCAGCCAUGUCCAACCUACAGAAGGCUCUCCCUCGGGAUGACGGCACCUCACGGAAGACACGCCACAACAGUACCGACUUGCCUCUGUGAGAGGGAAAAAGAGAGUUGCAGGUAUGACAGGAAUACAAAUGAGGGAAAAUGUUCAUUAAAGAAAGUUUUGGUGGUAUUUUCCUCCCACCAUUAUAGUGAAGCCUCUAUUUUCUCAUUUUCUACACUCAUACCAACUGCUGCUUGAUGAAAUAGUAACUCCAUUGAGUAGAACACUGAACAUU